UUUCCACGUCAGAGCCAAUAUGGACGCACACUACUACAGGAAAGACCAACCUAAGGUGUUUAGUGGACCAGGUUAAUGAAAUGAAGCAGCAAUUCAUUAUCUACACACGAUCGUGUUACAACAAAGAAUAUAAGGUGUCUCGGAUAUUGUACGGAACAUUUUAUGAGCACCGAAGGAAACACAUGGACGUAAAACCCAAAGGCAAGGGCGUCAGCUUCCAAGAGGAUCUGCUCUAUGUGAGCGGUGACAAAAGCUGUGCAGUGAUUAUGGUCACGACCAAUGUUGGCGCUAAACGCGUCACGUAUGAUGUUCGAGUUAGGAACUCUCACAUUCGAUGGCCGCCACACCAUAAAUGCCUCCAUGUAUACGAGAAGUUCGAGAUGCAUGGACAAGUUUUGUAUGACCCAAGUUGCCAAGGUAUACUAGCCAAAUCGGCAAAUUUGAAGGUGUAAGAACCACAACGUGAUCGCUGUGAAAGUCAAGCAGUUUUUUUUUUUUUGCAUUAGCCAUAAUGACAAAUGCUCAUAUUGCCAGUGUGCUAUAAAAAUGUGGAAUUUUCUCUCUCAACCCAUUAAAACAUUGUCGUCCCUUACUGCGUUUAAAAAAACACAUAGAGCUCAUUUAUCGAGCC